UCUCAGUCAUCGUCGUGUGUAUAAUGUAUGUGUCUCUGCAACACAACACCAUGUGUUAAUGUUGUGUACAUCACACACACAACAUAACAUAAAUCAUAGUAAAUGUUUUUUUUUUUUUUUUUUUUUUUUGUUUUUGCAGCAUUAGAUUGCAGAGAAAAGGGAAGGAGUAGUAGCAGUAGGUGGUAGGAGGUGUAGUUAAUAGCAAUAGGAACAGCAAUUGUUGCCACUGUCACACUGCUCUUUCUGCCUCUCAUCCUUCUCGUGAUUACUCUUUCAACCUUUUCUGUUUUCUCUUUCCUCUUUCACCAUAUUCACCCUUUUGCCUUUUCCUUCCUUCUCUCUCUCUCUCUCAACUUCAAACUUCAAACUUCAAACCCUAGCCAUACCAUUGGCAUGCUCUUUCUCUUUCGGUUGCUUUUCAUGUAUUACGCUUUUGGGUCUUUCAAUUCCCCUUCACACCGCUUUUUUGGGAUUUUGGAGCUGUUUCAGGUUUGGAUGCCGAGAGUUAUGACUGAAGAGAAAUUUGGAGGUGCCCUUUGCGGUUUUGUACUUCUGUGCUAUCCUCUGUGACUUAUCUUUGAAACUGGGCUAAAGCUGAGUUUCCUAUUUUUAAUUUUCAACUUGUCAUCUAUCAAAUAUGGACACCUCUGGUAGUACAUGUGAGAUAGUGGAAUCAAGGGAAGAAAUAAUAUCUGAGAUUAAAACGGUUGACAAACCUGAGAGUAGUUGUGCUCACAAAUCAGGGAAAAGGUAUUCCAUUGAGAAUGAUAUUAAUCAGCUUUUCCAGGCCAUUGAUAUUAAAAGUUCAUCAAGAGGUCACAGUUCAUCACGGUUACAAAAGAAUGCUCUUAAAAGGCCAAUAAAAGUCAGUUCAUCUCAGGCAUCAGGAAUUGGCAUCUCAGAGCCUGUAAGUUUGAAGCAGGCACUUAGAGGAUUGUGCAUCUCUCAGGCCUCAGAAAUGGCUGCUUUGAAAAGAUUGUCUAAGCCAUGCAGUUCAUCUAGAGCAUCAGAGGCUGGCACCAUCAAAAGGUUGUACACAGCAGUGGUAGAUGAGGGGAAAGGGAACUUGGUAGAAAUUUCUCUAGUGCCAGAGAUAUCUACUGCACCUUCUAAUAAAUUGCCCGGUGUAUCUAUAUCAAGUUCAAUUGAUCAUUGUACUAGUCCUUUGGUUGAUGCUAAAAAACCUAAAGAAAUGAUGAUUGGAUUUUCAUCCCAAGAUCAAAUUGUUCCUCUGCCUUUAGAGGUUGAGGGUUACAAACCAGUCGUGGACAUUGGAACACCAAUACUUGCAAAUUUGUCACCAGUUGCCUGUGCUAGUGAUGUGGUGCCAGAGGUUCUAAGGGAUCCUGUUUCCUUAAGCAAAGCUUCUCUCAGUUCUUCAAUGCCAGGUAAGGGGCAGGAAUCAAAUUUACAUCCUGCAUCUUGUCCACUUAGCUCUAGCGCUGGCAAUGGAGGGGAUAAAUCUAUAAGCAGUAGUACAUGUUUGUCAAAGCCAAUAUUCAAUAACUUGAAUUUCCUUAAGAAAAAAGUAAAGCAGGAUUCUAGUUCUGCCUCAAGCUGCUCCACUCCAUUUACAAGUAAUUUGGACAAGGAGGUUGAAAAUUCUGAUUUGAAGCACGGAGUGAAAGAAAAUGAGAAAUUGUCUCCAAGCUGUUCAAAUCAUAGCAUUGAAGUUAGCUCCAAUAGUGUUGGUACAGAUUCAAGCAAGCCUGGUUUCAGCUUGAACUGCAACAAGAGAACUAAGUUUCUGGUGACAAAAGUUGAUGAGAAAUCAAGAUCAAAGGAAAAGGGCGACUUCUCUCAAAGUUCAAAAAGUAGCAUUGGUGAGUAUAGUAGUAGCACAAGCAUCAGUGAGGAAAGCAGUCUAAGUGGUUCCAGCCGUGGUGGCCACAGACCUCACAUGUCAAAACACAUGAGAUGGGAAGUUAUCCGAGUUGUGCAGCAGCAACAUGGUAAUUUAAAUUUGAAGCACUUUAAGCUGCUAAAGAGGCUUGGUAGUGGGGACAUUGGAACUGUUUACCUUGCGGAACUAAUUGGUACAAGCUGCCUUUUUGCGCUCAAAGUGAUGGACAAUGAAUUUUUGUCGAGUCGGAAGAAAAUGUUCAGGGCCCAAACUGAGAGAGAGAUCCUUCAGAUGCUGGACCAUCCUUUUCUUCCCACGCUGUACUCCUAUAUUGCAACAGAUAAGCUCUCUUGCUUGGUUAUGGAGUAUUGUCCAGGAGGAGAUCUGCAUGUGCUGCGACAGAGGCAGUCAUACAAGAGUUUCUCGGAACAAGCAACAAGGUUUUAUGUUGCUGAGGUUCUUCUUGCCCUGGAGUAUUUGCAUAUGCUGGGAGUUGUGUAUCGAGACCUAAAGCCGGAAAAUAUCCUAGUACGAGAAGAUGGUCAUAUUAUGCUGACAGAUUUUGAUUUGUCACUCAGGUGUUCCGUCAAUCCAAUGUUAGUCAAGUCAUCUUCACCUGACACAGAUGCCACGAAGAAGACCUGUUCUGAAGCUAGCUGCAUACACCCUUUCUGUCUCCAACCAGAUUGGCAAGUUUCGUGCUUUACUCCCAUUCUAUUAUCUACUGGAGCAAAAUCCCGAAAGAUGAAGUCUGACAUAGCUUCUCAUGUUGGUCCACUGCCACAGCUUGUAGUGGAGCCUACCAGUGCACGGUCUAACUCCUUUGUUGGAACCUAUGAAUAUCUUGCUCCGGAGAUCAUCAAGGGUGAGGGUCAUGGGAGUGCAGUUGACUGGUGGACUUUUGGUAUACUUUUGUUUGAGCUUUUAUAUGGUAAGACUCCAUUCAAAGGCCAAUCAAAUGAGGACACAUUAGCCAAUGUUGUGUCACAAUGCCUAAAGUUCCCUGGUGCUCCAAUAGUCAGUUUUCAUGCCAGAGACUUGAUCAGAGGGUUGUUGAUAAAGGAUCCUGAAAAUCGAUUAGGUUCUGUAAAAGGUGCUGCUGAAAUAAAGCAGCACCCGUUUUUUGAAGGCCUCAAUUGGGCUCUAAUACGGUGUGCGGCACCACCAGAGCUCCCCAAGUUUCGGGAUUUUGGAACAAGUGCUCCAUAUAUGGCUGCAAAUAAGGAGAAUGCAAAUGAUUUAGAGGAUAUAAAAGAUUGUGAAGAGUUUGAGCUGUUUUAGAUACUCAGUCCUUUCCAACCCCAGUUUCCUUUUUCGUUUCUCUUUAUGAGGGGUAGGAAGUUGAAUUGAACUUGACUUGGUUUCAAAACCCAAUCUCAUCCAUAUAACAUUUAGUAUAGCUUAUAGCAGAAAUGUAAUCCAAACCAUGUAACAAAUAGAUAGAUUAGUAUAUGUUUAUACUGUACUAGAAGUUUCAAAUCGGUAAAGGAAACAAAAUGAUUUCUUUGGUUUGUCUGCCUCUAUAUGAUAUUAUCAAUGGAUAUUUCAUUCCCCUUUUGCAUUUUCCCCCAUGGUUGAAACAUUCCCAAACUCCUUUAUCUCUAGGUUUUUUUAAUACUCUCUGGUUAGUUGCAUACUUGUACAGUUAAUUAGUUACAGUACAUACGCAAAAGUAAUUUCUAAAUGGAAGCCAUUCAAGUUUGUUACUGGCUUUUGCAAUUUAGCAAUUCCGUGAGAUAAGUUUCAUUUAUCUGCCAAUGCAGAAAUGUAGAUAAGCAUAACAAUGGCAUCGCUGGUUUUCUUGUUGUAUGCAGUAGUGGGUGUUUUCUUGGUUUAAAGCAUAGAUUGGAGAUAUUGGCAUGCAAAUUUCCAGUGACUGGCAGCUUUGGAAAAGGUGUGAAUGAAGAAACUCAACUGAACAUGCCCCUAGUUUGAUGUGAACACUGAUGAUACAGGAUAACUGAUGUGCUCAUCAUGUAACACACAUGACCAUGCCAAAGUCCAAGCAUUUACUGGUCAGGAUGAUGGAUAUCACAGGUUUGCAAAAGGUAAAUUAUAACUAUUGGUUGGUUCAACUUGUAGAUAAAAUCAAAACAGCCAAAGCCAUGAUGUGCAUGAACUAGAGUUGGAUGCUCUGUGCAAGUCAUGAGCUGCCGAAGGUAUAUUUGGUAUAUCAAAUUAUUUUGUUAAAAUUUUCAUGUAUUGACUUGUACAAUGUAAUUUCCUGAGGCUGAAAUUACAUAUAAAACAAAAUCAUUGUUAUUUAAGCAAUUUAUACACAGUUCCCCCAUUGAUUUUACUUUUCCUUUGUUUUGUGACUUACAAAAGUAUUUUUUUCUGCGAUUGCAUUACAUAUAUCUAUGCACGUAUGCAAGAUCAGAUUGUUUUCAUGGUUUUAAACUCUUCUAACUUGACUCUCUCCCUGAAUACCACUUGAUCCUAUCCAAAAGGCUGAAAAAGGUGUUUUAUUACUUCCUGAAUCAAGUGGAGCAUCACCUGAUAUGUUUUUUGCUUCCUGCCUUUUCUUGUAAUGUUUUGAAUGUUUGGUACCUAUCUUUUUAUGUAAUCCGGUGGUGCUUGGGUUGGAUGAACUUGCAGAUACCAGAGGAUCAUUGUUGAACAAUAAUUAGAACCAGUGAAUGAACAUACACAGAAGGAAUCUUGAUCACUUAUUAAACAUCCAGAAGAUCUAAUUCUACUGGGGCAAAUAUUAUCAAUGUUGAACCACUUCCAUUAGAGUUAAAAUCAAUCCCAGAUGUUAAAUCACUUGCUUUGGGACGUAACAGUUUUUUUCAUUACAGACUAAGUGUGACACUGAAGUUGAUUCUGUGUUGUUGGUGUCACUGCCAUUCUGGCUUUCAAUUAAUCAACAGUUUACAAGAAAGAAAGCAUGGAUGCAAGGUGUUGAAGUAAUUCAGCUGCAGAUUUCCAUCCAAAUUAAACCAUUACUUGAUAUCAAUUGCAUCAACAACCUUUCAUUGAGUGUGUUCAAUUUGGGAGAGAAUAUCAUAUAACAGCCUAAUUUGUGUUCAUAGAUUCAUUUCGUUGAGUUUUGUCAUAUCAAUUCUGUAAUAUUCCCAUGCAUGGAAAUGACAGUGCAAGAAGUGUUACAGGAGCA